AUGACAGACUCAAACCCCCUCGUCCUCUACGACAUCUCUUCCACCCGCCAACCGCGCUCCUACGCACCCAACCCCUCCAAGUCCCGACUCGCGCUCAGCUUCAAGGGCGUCCCCUUCACCACGACGUGGGUCGACAUCCUCGACAUCGCCGACGUGCGGAAGGGGCUCGGCUGCGCGGCAGUCCGUCAGUUCGACGACGGUACUGACUUCUACACGCUGCCCAUGCUGCGGGAACCGGUUUUGGGAAAGGUAGUAGGAGACUCGUUCGACAUCGCCAACUACCUCGAAGACACGUUCCCACAGUCAGGCGGGUGUCUGUUCCCCGCGGACACGACGGGCACGGGGCUCGACUACGAGAGCCCGUUCAAGGACACGGCCUUUUACGCGCCGCUGACGACGCGCAAGGGGGCCAAGAACGAGGCGUACGCCACCUUCAACGUGCACGUCGACGCGACCUUUUCGGCCCACGUCGUGCUGGUCGCCCACCAGCUCCCCUUCAACCCGGAAACGGCCGAGGCCACCAAGGCCCUCUUCGCCAAGCGCGCCCACCUCAGCUCGUGGGACGACAUCCGCAUCGAGGGCGAGGCGCGCGUGCAGUUCCUGGCCGGGUUCAACGUCGCCCUGACCUCGCUUGCCCAGCGGUUCGCGGUCCACGACGCCGGGCCCUACCUCGAGGGCGACAAGGCAAACUACGCCGACCUGAUCGUGGGUGGCUGGCUGAAUAUGCUCUCGGCCACCAUGCCGCGCGAGGAGUUUGACGAUUUCAAGACCUGGCACGGCGGCGUGUUUGGUCGCCUGCACGACGCGCUGCAGGAGAAUUAUUUCGUGUGCAAGUAG